GCAAGAGCCGGGAGGAGGCGCAGUCUGCCUCUGAUCGCCGUCCAGGAGGCGCGUCUCGCUCCGUGGAAGAGUCGCGGGCUGUUUCACGAUCCGUCAACGUUUCUGCCCCGUGCCCCGCCCCGCCCCGCCCAGGGCCUCGCCCCGGGACAGAGCUCACCGCACAUGAGAACACAUUAGUCCGGGGCACUUCGGGAAAAUUAUCAGUGAGUCUACGAUGCUGGGCGUGAGUUUGCGAGGCGGUGGGUGGUGUGUUGCCGCGGCGACGGUGAUGGUGGUGGUGGUCUUGUGCCCCGCCGUCUGCGGCAUCCCCAGGAACAGUCUAUCCCUCGUGGCCCCAAAUGGCACCCGCACCUCCUGGUGGACGCGGGGCAGCGCCGGGCCCUGGCAGCCCCAGCACGUGUGGGAGCCCCUUGGCCGGCUGCCCCUCAAGGUGCGGAUCACGGCCAAGAUCAAAAACCCGAACAGACGCAAACGCCCGCAAAACCCAAACAUUUACACGGCGGCGGCGGCAGCGAAAGGAAACAAAACUGAAAAUCCGGCGGGAGUAAAUACAGCAACAGGAACAGGCUCAGGCUCAGGGUCCUGCUCCACCUGCGGCACGUCCAUUAUCAGCGGCAACAGAGGCCACAACCAGGUGGGGUGGCUGCCGCACAAAGGCAGCCCCCGGCCGCCCGUCACCGUGUGGCCGUGGUCCGUCAGCAAGAGUGGCCGCCUCAACGUCACCACCAUCGAGAAGGGCAUCCCCAACACUAGCUCCUUCCUCAUAUACUUCGAGAAGGAUGAAGUCCCCAUCUCCCCGUUCCACGACAUCCCCCUCUUCGCCAACGAGGGCAACAAGAUCUUCAACAUGGUGGUGGAGGUGCCGAGGUGGACCAACGCCAAGAUGGAGAUCGCCACCAAGGACCCGCUCAACCCCAUCAAGCAGGACGUGAAGAAGGGGAAGCUGCGGUUCGUGGCCAAUGUCUUCCCGCACCACGGCUACAUCUGGAACUACGGUGCCAUCCCCCAGACCUGGGAGGAUCCUGGCCACAUGGAUGAGUCGACUGGCUGCAAGGGAGACAACGACCCCAUUGAUGUGUGUGAGAUCGGCUACCGAGUGGCCAAGCGAGGCGAGGUCCUGCAAAUUAAGGUGUUGGGGACCAUCGCUCUCAUCGACGAGGGGGAGACGGACUGGAAGCUGAUCGCCAUUGAUGUCAACGACCCCUUGGCUCCCCAGCUAAGUGACAUCAACGACGUGGAGAAGCACAUGCCAGGCUUCCUGAAGGCAACCGUCGAGUGGUUUAGGAUUUAUAAGAUUCCUGACGGCAAGCCAGAGAACCAGUUCGCAUUUAACGGAGAGGCCAAGGACAGAGAGUUUGCUCACAGGGUUAUCAUGGAGACUCAUGAAUCAUGGCAGCACCUUGUGGAGGGCAAGUCUGAUGCUGGUGGGCUGAACACAAGCUGCGUCACUGUGCCUAACGCUUCCAGCAAGCUGUCACAAGCCGAGGCCGAGGAAGUGGUGAGCAAGGCUCCAGAGACAGGCUCUGGCCAGCCUAUCGACCCCAAAGUUGACCUGUGGCAUUAUGUUGCACUCAAGUGACUGUAUUACACACCUAAGCCUCAUCUGUGACUUCAGACAGCCCGGCAUGUUGAAAUCCCUCUUAUUGCACGGAAUAAAGUAAGACAUGUAGAAAAUACAAUCUGGAAUCAGUUUGUAUUUGAUGAAGAAACAUUUUAAUGUGUCCGACUUGGAAUCUUAUUUUAUUUCAGUCGUAAUUACUUACUCAAUAGUUAGGGUAAAUUGUUAUUAUUUAUGUAUUUAUUUAGCAUGGCUGGUAUGAGGCUGUUGUUGAUAUGUUAAAAACCUCAGUGGCAUCAAACAAAAAUGUUAAGAAUA